AGCUCCGCCCUAUGCGCCUUUUCUCCUUUCCCCCUCCCCCCCUUUCCACUCCUAGUUCCCAUCCCAGCGGCCUUUGCGUUUACAAGAUGGCAGCCCCCAUGCCGCGGGGUUUCUCUUGCUUAUCUAGGGCUUUGGGAUGGUGGUUUCGACAGCCAGUGUUGGUGGCUCCAUCUACGACUGUAGUACCAGUGAGAACUAAAAGACGUUUCACACCUCCUUCUUAUGAACCCAAAUACAAAUCAGAAAAGGAGUUUUUAGAGUAUGCCCGAAAAGCAGGGAUAGUCAUUCCUCCUGAACGUUUGGAGCGUCCCAUACAUCUGGCAUGUACAGCUGACGUCUUUGAUACCUAUGUACCUCCUGAGGGUGAUGCUCGACUGUCAUCUCUUUCAAAGGAAGGACUAGCACAGAGAACUGAACGUUUGAAGAAGAAUGUGGCAUCAAAAUUGGCAUUACAGAAAAUAAAAGAACAUGAUUCUAAUUUUAAAAUAAAAGACUUUCCUGAAAAAGCCAAGGAUAUCUUCGUUGAAGCUCAUCUUUGUCUAAACAACUCAGACCAUGACCGACUUCAUACCUUGGUUACUGAAAACUGUUUUCCGGACAUGGUCUGGGACAUCAAAUAUAAGACCGUCCGGUGGAGCUUUGUGGAAUCUUUAGAGCCGCCCCAGGUGGUUCAGAUUCGCUGUUCUCAUCUGCUAAACCAGGGCAACAUGUUUGGUCAGAUCACUGUGCGCAUGCAUACCCGGCAGACUCUGGCCAUAUAUGACCGGUUUGGUCGGUUGAUGUACGGGCAAGAAGAUGUGCCAAAGGAUGUGCUGGAGUACAUAGUAUUUGAAAAGCACCUGACAAACCCCUAUGGGAGCUGGAGAAUGCAUGGCAAAAUUAUCCCUUCAUGGGCACCCCCUAAACAGCCCAUUCUUAAGACGGUGAUGAUCCCUGGCCCCCAGCUGAAACCAUGGGAAGACUAUGAAGAGCCACAAGGAGAGGUCCAUAAGCCUCAGCUUGCCUGAUGACAAAAAUAUCUCCUGAAGUUAAGCAUGGAUGAUGAGAUGGCUAGAAUUGUGAAGUUAUCUGUCCCCAUCAUUCUGUAUUAAAAACAAAAAAACCAAAAAACUACCUUG